ACAUGACAGAACAGAUGAUCAUAUUUUUGAUCAAGAAUUCACCAGUUCAAAGUUACUUGUAUUUAUACUGUAGUUAGAUAAUCUUUUUCUAAAUAUAGUGCAUCAUGGAUCAGUCACUAAAAGAAUUAACUAUAAAAGAUUCAGAAUAUGGUUAUGUACACGCUGUCUCUGGGCCAGUUGUUACAGCGGAUUAUAUGAGUGGUUCUGCUAUGUAUGAAUUGGUGCGUGUUGGGCACAGUCAGCUUGUGGGAGAAAUAAUUAGAUUAGAAGGAGACUUUGCUACCAUUCAAGUUUAUGAAGAAACCUCUGGUGUUUCUGUUGGAGAUCCUGUUUUGCGAACUGGAAAACCUUUAUCUGUUGAACUAGGACCUGGAAUUUUAGGCAGUAUUUUCGAUGGUAUUCAGAGGCCUUUGAAGGAUAUUAAUGAACUAACGGACAGCAUUUAUAUUCCACGUGGUGUUAACAUCAACAGUUUAAGUCGAACUGCACAGUGGGAUUUCGAACCAAAUUCAUUUAAGGUUGGAGAUCACAUAACUGGCGGUGAUAUAUAUGGCGUCGUUCAUGAGAAUUCUCUACUUAAACAUUACAUCAUGCUUCAUCCAAAAGAAAGAGGUACCAUAACGUUCAUCGCAUCACCUGGCAGUUACACCCUCAAUGAUGUUGUUCUGAAAACAGAGUUUGAUGGUGAAGAAAAGGAACAUACCAUGUUACAGAUUUGGCCAGUACGUCAAAUGCGACCAGUUGUUGAAAAGCUAGCUGCAAACCAUCCUCUAUUAACAGGGCAACGUGUUCUUGAUUCACUAUUCCCAUGUGUCCAAGGUGGUACCACAGCCAUCCCUGGAGCUUUUGGCUGUGGAAAAACUGUCAUCUCUCAAUCUUUAUCUAAAUACUCAAACUCCGAUGUCAUUGUUUACGUCGGAUGUGGUGAGAGAGGCAAUGAGAUGUCUGAAGUACUUCGCGAUUUUCCUGAGCUCACUGUGGAGAUUGGUGGCGUCGUUGAAUCUAUUAUGAAGAGAACAACUCUGGUUGCAAACACAUCGAACAUGCCUGUCGCAGCUCGUGAAGCCUCGAUUUAUACUGGUAUCACACUUGCUGAAUACUUCAGAGAUAUGGGUUAUAAUGUGAGUAUGAUGGCGGAUUCAACAUCUCGUUGGGCAGAAGCACUGCGUGAAAUUUCUGGCCGCUUAGCUGAAAUGCCUGCAGAUAGCGGAUAUCCUGCAUAUCUUGGUGCACGUCUUGCAUCGUUCUACGAGCGAGCCGGGAGAGUGAAGUGUGUUGGCAACCCGGAGAGAGAAGGAAGUGUGACCAUCGUAGGUGCAGUCUCACCGCCUGGUGGCGAUUUCUCAGAUCCUGUUACCUCAGCAACGCUCGGCAUUGUCCAGGUCUUCUGGGGUUUGGAUAAGAAACUAGCUCAAAGGAAACAUUUCCCGUCAAUCAACUGGCUGAUCAGCUACAGCAAAUAUUUACGAGCAUUGGAUGACUUCUAUGAGAAAAAUUAUCCAGAAUUCAUAGCGUUACGAGCAAAGGUAAAAGAAAUACUUCAGGAAGAAGAAGACCUUUCCGAAAUUGUUCAACUUGUUGGAAAGGGUUCACUCGCAGAAUCUGACAAGAUAACCUUAGAAGUUGCCAAGUUGAUCAAAGACGACUUUCUUCAACAAAAUGGCUACACUCCGUAUGAUCGUUUUUGCCCGUUCUAUAAGACAGUUGGUAUGCUGAGUAAUAUAAUCGCAUUUUAUGAGAAGGCCCGACAUUCCGUCGAAACAACCGCUCAUGCUGAUAACAAAAUCACUUGGAGUAUAAUCAAGGAAAAUAUGGGAGAAAUUUUAUAUGCACUGAGUAGUAUGAAAUUCAAGGAUCCAGUGAAGGAUGGAGAGCCCAAAAUAAAGUCUGCCUUUAACGAGCUAUUUGACCAAAUGCAACAAGCAUUCCGAUCAUUGGAGGACUAAUUAUAUAAAGAACGGGAUAUUUUUAGACAAACCAAAAAACCUACGCUGUACUAGUGUUAUCAUCGUGGUCAGAAAACGCUCACAUUAUAGUCUUAUGUAGGGUAGUUUUUAUAUGUCUUCGACAGUCAAUAUCAAUCUCAGGAAAUCGUAUUAUCUUGUAUGAUGUGUAAGAAUAUCUAACGACGAGACGCGAUAUAUGCUAAUGUUUUAUUAUGCGACUGUCGCAGACAUAUAGGAGCUUGUCGGCGAUGUCUAUUUGGUUUUUCUAAUUCAACUGUCAUCAUUCAUGGAUGAAAUAAUUUAUGUAAGAAAAAUUCGUUAUUGUAAGAUCCGUAGGCAAUGGGCCGCUGCUUAUUUUCAACCAUGCAUGCAUGCUUUAAUAUUGUAGAUGUAGAAUGAAGAAUGAAUUAUCUUAAUUGAUUAAUUAAUUAAUAAAAAUAAUUUAAUACUAACUCUUGGCGAUCGUUUCGUUGAACACAUCGACUUCUUUCACUAAAAGUACGGAAACAAAUUGAUCAGUAAGCUUCAUUGAUAA